GGUUGUUCAUUGCUUUGCCUUAGAGUGGUACCAUGAGUGAGAAGUUGUAGCAAGGGAAGAAGAAGGAAGCGGGGAAAAACAUAGCGCACCAAAUUGACGCUCUUAGGUUUGGACCCGAAUGGGUUAAGAGUAACUUUGUGGCUUUCACAAUCAAUUCAAUCUGCCCACGAAUCUGUGAGGAGCUAAGGUGAAGUGAUCCCCAAAUUACAAAGCUUUGAAGUUUCUCCCAAAUCCUAUAAUGGACAAUAGAGUCAAACCUGAAAAGAGAAGCAAAGAUCGGCACCUGGAACGUGAUGACAAAUACCAUCGUGUUUCCAAAGACCACCACAAUCAUCAUUCAGAUACAAAACACAAGCAUGACCACAAAUCCAGGGAUAAGGAUAGAGAUAGAACUUAUGACAGAGAUGGAAGCAAGGACAGGGGUAGAACUUAUGAUAGAGAAGGAAGCAAGGAUAGAGAUAGGACUUAUGACAGAGAAGGAAGCAGGGAUAGGGAUAGGGCUCAUGACAGUGAAGGAAGCAAGGAUAGGGACAAAGCUUACGAAAGAGAGAGUGGCAAAGAUAGGUCAAAGGUGAAGCGUGAUGAUGGUAGGGAAGAUUUGGUGGAGUCACGAUACUCCUCACAUUCUCAUAAGCGGAAAGAGAGGGAGCACAGCGAAGACAAAGACUGUGAGGAUAAGAAAAUUAGGGUUUCUGACGAUAGGAAGGAAGAGAAGAGGGAACGGAGGAAAUUUGGGGAUAAAGUCAAGAAGGAGGAAGAAAAAGAUGGUGAUAAUAAUAUUAGAGGCAUUCAUGAGGGAGAGGUUAAGGAGGAAGACACUGAAGGUGCCCAUGGCUCAGCUUCUUCCAAAGACACUGUAUUUGUCCAAAACGGUGCCUUGGGAUCAGUUGCUGUGGCGCCCAUGAGUGUGCUUGAGACAUCUUUGGCUCCUCCUCCUCCAUUUCCUAUCAAGGUAUCUUUGAAUUCUACCACAAAUGAAAAUAAGGGCGUUAGUAUUACCAGGUCUCAUGAGGUUACUGGAAAAUCUAGUACAGAUGGGUCAUCUUCAACUGCUGGAAAAGCUGGAAGCCUGUCGAUUGAUGCUUUAGCUAAGGCUAAGAAAGCUUUACAAAUGCAGAAAGAGUUGUCAGAAAAGCUGAAGAAAAUUCCUCAGUUGAAUAAGAAUUCUACCCAAAAUUCACAUGGAAGCUCAAACUUGGGUUCAAACAGUCAAUCUGCCUCUGCAGUCGUGCCAAAAGGUUCCAGCUCAGCUUCUUUUGGCCAUGUUGCAAAUAUGUCAAUUUUCCCCCCUGCUGCUUCUGCUAAUUCUCCAGCAAGUGGCACUAGUGCUGCUGGUAUUGCAAAUGCAACUCUUCCCAAUUUGGAAGCUGUCAGGCGGGCUCAAGAGCUUGCUGCUAGGCUGGGAUUUCAUCCGGAUCCACAAUUUGCUCCUCUGAUAAAUAUGUUUCCUGGUCAGAUGGUAACAGAUGUUGCCAUUCUGCAAAAACCAACAAAGGCCCCUGUUCUUCGACUUGAUGCUCAGGGGCGGGAAAUAGAUGAAAAUGGAAAUGUUAUUAAUGUGACCAAGCCCACCAACCUUAGCACAUUAAAGGUCAACAUUAACAAACAAAAGAAGGAUGCAUUUGAAAUACUACAACCUGUAUUGGAUGUUGAUCCCGAAUCAAAUCCUUAUUUUGAUGCAAGUAUGGGUAUCAACAAAACAAAGAUCCUGCGACCCAAGAGGAUGAAUUUCCAGUUUGUGGAGGAAGGAAAAUGGUCAAGAGAUGCUGAAACAAUAAAAUUGAAGAGUAAAUUUGGAGAAGCUCAAGCAAAAGAGCACAAGGCCAAACAAGCACAGUUGGCAAAGGCAAAGGCUGCUCCUGAUAUAAAUCCCAACUUAAUAGAAAUAACAGAGAGAAUUGUAAUUAAAGAAAAACCCAAGGACCAAAUUCCAGACAUCGAGUGGUGGGACGUGCCUCUUGUGCAUUCUGGAAAUUAUGGAGACAUUGAUACUGGAACCAUAGGUGAGGAUAAGCUGAAAAUAGAAAAUAUCACUUUCCUUGUGCAUCAUCCUCGUCCUAUUGAACCACCUGCUGAGCCCGCUCCUCCACCACCUCAACCGCUCAAACUAACUAAGCAAGAGCAGAAGAAACUCCGGACACAAAGGAGAAUAGCCAAGGAGAAAGAUCGGCAAGAGAUGAUCAGACAGGGUGUCAUAGAACCACCAAAACCAAAGGUCAAGAUUAGCAAUUUAAUGAAAGUACUUGGCUCUGAAGCAACUCAAGAUCCUACUCGGCUAGAAAAAGAGGUACGCAGCGCAGCUGCUGAGCGUGAGCAAGCUCACAUAGAUAGGAAUAUUGCACGCAAGCUUACUCCGGCCGAGCUCCGGGAAAAGAAGCAGAGAAAGCUGUUUGAUGACCCAAAUACAGUGGAGACAAUUGUCUCUCUCUACAGAAUAAAUGACCUCUCAAAUCCAAAGGCCCGCUUCAGAGUCGAUGUUAAUGCUCAAGAGAACCGUUUGAGUGGGCGUGCUGUGAUUUGCGAUGGUAUCAGUGUUGUUGUUGUUGAAGGUGGAAGCAAGUCGAUUAAGAGGUAUGGGAAACUUAUGCUUAGACGCAUUAAUUGGAGUGAUUUUUCAAAAGAGAAAGAAGAAGAUGAAGAUUCAGAUGAUGAAAAGCCUGCCAAUAAGUGUGUUCUUGUGUGGCAAGGAAGUGUUGCAAAACCCAACUUCAAUAGGUUCACUGUUCAUGACUGCAUCACUGAAGCAGCUGCCCGAAAAGUUUUUGUGGAUGCCGGUGUUCCCCAUUAUUGGGACCAAGCCGUCAACUACGUAGAAGAUGAAGCCCUUUGAUUUUGUCGUCUAAUGUUUUUGUUCUGUCAUUGGCCUUCCUUGACUGAAAUCCUGUAACAGUUUUACAGUUUGUGUCAUGCAGUGUAUGGUGUAUGCGAAACACAAUAUUUGGUUAAAAUUUUGGCCUUUUGGGUUUUCACUA